ACCACCCCGCUUCGCAGGACCCCAAUCUGGUGGUUUUCUAGCAGGGAUUCCAUGCUAUUCCCCCUGCUCUGCCAAAGCUUGACAAGAUGCCUGCAGAGUUCUUUGAGGUCCAGCCUCUGGACUUCUGUUCAAUGCAGGCCCUGACUCUGCAGCCCAGCCCACAGCUGACACUAACACUGAUGCUAGAGCUCCUGGGAUGUGGCCACCCCCAGCCAGAGGGGCUGGCUGGACUGCAAGAGGCUCCCUGCAACCAGACAAGUGUGAAAACUCCUUGCUCGUUGUGCUGAGGCCCCAAAACACACUAAAGGAGCUAGACCCUCCUGGCAUAGCAGGUUCCGCAAAGGGCACAGUGUGAGCAUCCUGCAUGGGUAUCAACCUGCUCGGACCACCAGUGCAAAAGCAUCCUCGAGACAAGUUAGGGUCAAUAAAAAAGCAGAUAUGUACACACAUUUUUAUUAUCCAUUCAAGCUGUUUUUAUUUAGUGAACUCAGAAUCCUUUGUCAACACAGUAACUCACAAAUAAGAUAGAAUUUUCAAGGCCUUUUUUGAGGAGACUUCUUUGUAUUUGAGCAGUCACCCCUGCCUGUAGAUGCAGCAAGCCAACAUGGGCAGGCAUGGGUGGCAUAAGCCAGGGUAAACUGUGCUCCCAAGCUGAGCUCAGAAGGAUAGGAAGAGAGGGGGCUAGUGUGUGGGCAGCUAGGAUUGAUUUCCUAGAGGAGGUGACUCUUUUCCCAGGGGCUGCUACUCAGAAUAGCUUCUCGUCUCCCUGAAGUCCAGAAAGUGGAAACAGUUUGCCAAAGAGGUCCCCAAGCCUGAGUGCGAGGACCAACCUGCAGGGCUGGCCUUAGUGGGCAUAAAGAUGCCUCCAGGUGGGUGAUGUCAAGAUGUUCUGGUCCCAGGUCAGCUGAGAGCCCCUCCUGGGAAUGUUGCAGGUACUGCUUCUCCCUUUUAAGAAACACUAUAUCCUCCCUACCUUCCCUGACCAGCAAUCUGUAGCAUCUAGGGCCUCAGGGAAGGGGAUGGAGAGUGACCCUGAGCUCUAAAUAGUCUCUAGAAGGCUCCAGAUGAGCCUGCUUUCCAGUUCCCACCCCAGCUGCAGGCCACUUCUGCACUCCCCACCAAGCAGCUCAGGGAAAGCAAGCCCACCUCCCCACCAAAGUCCCAUAGCCCAUAGGGAGCCCCAGGUUCCCAAGACUCAAAGCUGCUCUCUCACCUGACUUAGGCACACCCGCUCAACUCCUCCCCUCGCUCCCCUUCCCGGCAGUGGGGAGAUAUUGAUUUCUGGCCGUUCUGUGCUCCGAGCUGUGCUUGCUUGCUCUUUUGGUUCCUAAUAAUGCAUGAGUAACCUGGUCAGUGUCCACAGUGGCAACUGCCUCACCCACUCUGUCCCCUUCCCCAUCAAAGACUAAUAGGGAGAGAAGAGUGAGCAGAAGCAAAAUAGCCCUCUUCCUUGGCCACCAUAGCAACCCCCAUCUACUCCCUGCAAUCUGCUCCUUCCCUUGCCAUUCAACAGAUAUUCCUUUAACAUCGACUGCAUGCUGGCCACUGAGUGUACAGAGAUGAGUACGUGCAGGGCCUGUCCUCAGGAAGCUCAGGGGUGGGAAUGGGAAGAGGGAAUCACAAGCAAGCCAACAAUUACAAUGCAGGGUGACGAGUGCUGUGAUGGAGGAAGCUCAGGAUGCUGUAGGGACCCCAAAAGGUCAGGAGACCUCUAAGCUGAGCCCUACAGGAGGAGCAAGAGUAGCAGGACAAUGGGGGUGGGGGUGAACCUGUCAUUCCUAGACAAAAGGCAGAGUCUCCGAAGGAGGGACCAUAUUAUUCUGGAAUCUGCCAGUAUUUUGAUUUUUCCCACAAUGGAGUCUGGGCUUUGUUGGAGGCUUCAGGCAGCUGGGGGGUGGAGGUAAACUGGCUUUCAGCAGGGUUUGCUUCUAGGAAAUUGAUUCUGGCUGCUGUAAGCUUGGAGGCAGGCCCAGAUUCCAGGCAGGGCUCUGCCUCUUACCAGCUGUGUGCUCCUGGGCAAAUCAUUUCCCCUCAGAACCUCAGUGUCCUCGUCUGUAAAAUGCAGAUAGCAGUGGUUGAGGAUCAAGUAUUUAUAUAAAGCACCUGGAACAUAACUGGUACAGCUGGAGGAAGGGUGUGAAGCUGCCCCUGCCACCUAACCCGGGUCUUCCCCCCUCCUUUCUUGGUUCCCCUGUGAUCUCAGAACGUUCUUGACCAUUGUUUAUCAGAGAAAGAUCCCGCGGAGAAGCUAACAAAGCAGCCAGGAAGCAGCCUGGGUGGGACAGGGCUGGAGAGGGCAGGAGCAUGGGUACAUUCUCAGCGCUCCGGGAGGUGCCAGGGUAGAAGCUGGGGCUGCGGGCCAGGAGAGCCUCGGCGGGGAAUAGGCUACCUGCCAAUUCCUUCCCCUGAGCUAAGGCCCUCAACCUCAAGAGUUGCUCCCCGGGGCCUGCUCCUACUGCCCACGCCAUCCCUGACCCGGGGUGAAAUGCCAGCACUAAGGAUCGUGUGACCAGGGAGGCGAUGUGUAAGCACCUGGCUGUCCGUGUUGGAGGGGCCAGCAGGCGGUGCUAACCCUUACCCCGAGCUGUCCACCCACCACGUCGUCAAUGUUCUUCCAGGGCCCACGGAGCUAGCCACCCUCAGCAUUCAUCCGCGCAGCCAUGGAGGCCCUGGGUCCUGGGGGUGACCGCGCCUCGCCAGCCUCAUCCACUCGCAGCUUGGAACUGCGGCGGCUGUCCGCGCACGCCGACUCGGCCUACAGCUCUUUCUCCGCGGCCUCGGGCUGUCCCGAGCCGCACACGCCAUCGCCUGGGACCGACCUCCUUCCUUACCUAGACUGGGACUACGUGCGCGUGGUGUGGGGCGGCCCGGCCCCGGCCCCGGCCCCGGCCCCGGCCCCAUCCGCCCCGGCGCACCUGCGCUCCGCGUCGCUCAGCCACCCGGGCGGGGAGGUGGAGCCGGCGCCCUCCGGGGCUCCCACGCCAGGAACCGCCGGUCGGGGGCGCCUCGCCAACCACCAGCGGAAGUGGUGCUUCUCGGAGCCAGGGAAGCUGGAUCGCGUGGGUCGGGGCGGUGGGUUGGCGGCGGAAUGUUCGGGUGAGGCCUGCUCCAGCUCUGGUCUCUCCAGGCCCGAGCCCCAGGUAUUGCAGCAUCAGGCCCUGGCAGAGUUCGGAGGUCACCAGAUCAGAUGGCUGCCUGAGACCCAGCCCAGAGGCAUAGAGGACCAAGAACCCCGGCCCUCGAAGCUUGGCAAUGUCUACAGGCCUGCUAGUCGGAGUCGGAGCGCUUCAGGGGAAGCCUUGGCUCCUUGGGGAGGUCCAGGAGAGGUCAUGCCCAUUGUCCAGGCUGUACCCCAAGGAACGGAAACCCCCACACCAUUGUUUCAGACCAAACUUUCCAGGUUCCUGACUCAGAAGGAAGCUGCAGUGGUGUGUCCUGCAGAGGACCCCCAGAGCAGUCCCGUUGACUGUGAGCAGAGGGUCUCAGAGACCUGCAUUGUAUCUGCCCGGCUCCCAUCCCUUCCUGAUGAUGAAGUUUUCCUGGAAGAAGCCCCGCUGGUCAGAAUGAGAUCACCUCCAGACUCUCAUGCCCCUACGGGGCUCCCAACCAGUGUGCAUGCCUCUGAGCAGCAGUAUGGAGCUGGCUUGGGCCAAAGGGCUGACCAGGCUACCGUCCCCCCAGAGCACCCCCUCCAUGAGUGCCCAGGGGCCGCAGAGGCAGAUGACUGCUGGCAGGGGGUAAACGGUUCUGUGGGUGUCUCCAGGCCCACAUGCUGUAGCCCCCCUGGGACUGCAAAUGGUGACAUCCCAACCUUUGACACCACUGGACUGCUGACCACUGACCCCUCCGCAGUUGCAGAAAGUGACCCCCUCAAACCUCUUCCAGUUGAAGCCCUGGGACCUCCAGGCAAGGACACGCCGGGGCUUCCGGACCACACUGCCCUGGCUUGGGGGACUGGCCAGCCUGGUUUCAGGCCAACAUGGCCCAGUCCACGCCUCGAGGAGCUGGUUCAGGAGCUGGCCAGACUGGAUCCCUCUCUGAGGGACACUCUCACCUCCUACCCCAGCCCAGAGCCACCCCUGGGCCUGCUGGAUGGGCUGAUUCCUUUAGCUGAGGUCUGGGCUGCAAUGAGGCCAGCCUGUGGGGAGGCUGGAGAGGAAACUGCUGGUACUUCUGAGCCAGGGUCCUGUCUUUUGAGCUCCACCCAGAUCCUGCCAACUUCUCAGGAGGAGACAAAACCUGAAAACCUUACCAUCCACCCUGUGGCUGACCAGCCAUGUGGCCAGGGUCUCCCUGAGCAAAAUAACAGCAUCCAAGCCAAGAAAGUGGAGCUGGCCGACCUCCUCCAAAAGAUGCUGGGGGACCUUCAGGCCGAGCAGGAGCAGCUACAGGGGGCGGCCCAGGCUUUGGCCAGGCGCGGGGCUGCUCUGGAGGCCGCGGUAGGCCAGGCCUGUGCGCCCCGCGAGCUAGAGCGUUUCAGCCGGUUCAUGGCCGACUUAGAGCGCGUGCUUGGCCUCCUGCUGCUGCUGGGCAGUCGCCUGGCCCGCGUGCGCCGCGCCCUGGCCCGGGCGGGCGCAGACAGGGACCCCGAGGAACAGGCCUCUCUGCUGCAGCGACUCGGGCUCCUGCAGCGACAGCAGGAGGACGCCAAGGAGCUGAAGGAGCACGUGGCGCGGCGCGAGCGGGCCCUGCGCGAGGUGCUGGUGCGCGUGCUGCCCGCCGAGCAGCUGCGCGCUUACUGCUCCCUGCUGGCGGGCAAGGCCGCCGUCCUGGCCCAGCAGCGCAGCCUGGAUGAGCGUGUCGGGCUCCUUCAGAACCAACUGGACGCCAUCAGGAGCGACCUUGCCCAUCGUCCCCGGCCUCCCAGGCCGGCCUGGCCCCCAGGGACCCGUCCUCCCGAUAAACUGCCCUACCCCCCUCCCCUCAUAUAGUUACAGGGGUGGGGGUUGGGGAACACUGUCCCUGCCUCUCACCCACAUAAGUGGGGGUGACGCUGGUUUAUUCCGUGCUUUUCCCUUGAGGUGGGGAGGACUCGGCCAGGCCUUCCCAGGAUACCUCUUACAAGUGUUCUCAUGUGGCCUUACGCAAAUCUUGUGGAUUAUUUGGUAAUUAACUAUGGAUUUUAAAAACUGCAGUAUUCCCCCUUUUUGUGAUGAGAGAGUGGCUUGUCAGGG